AUCAAAAUCAAAAUAAAUAUUUUUUAUUUUUUCAAACAAACCGGCCUUUUAUUCAAAAUGGGAGAAUAUUUAUACUUUUAAUUACAGCUCAAAUAAAGGAAUAACAAUGGAGUUUCAAUUCAGCAUCAAUAAUUUAUUUGCAGAGGAGUUUUCACUUGUCGACAAUAAGUUGGUUCCUCGAAGAAAAUCUCCAAGGGGUAAUAGUGUAUCGAGCUAUAGAGAGCAGCUGAUGAAAGUAAUUGACAAAAUGGGAGAUGCCUCAGCCAAGGCUCAAGGGCUGAAUGCAACAAUAACAUCUGCCAGUAAACUUCAAUUCUCUGAUCAUCAUCUCUACUUCAUGAUUGAUGCUCAAGCCAACAAUGGACUUGGAGCAGUGGUUGGAAUGAUUAAAGUUGGCCAGAAGAAAUUAUUUGUAUAUGAUCACAAUGGAAUACAGCAUGAAUGUGAACCUCUGUGUGUAUUGGACUUUUAUGUACACGAGUCAAGACAAAGGCAUGGAUGCGGCAAAAAAAUAUUUGAGCACAUUUUACAAGUUGAAAAUGUGAAACCGCAGCAUCUUGCCAUAGACAGACCUUCUACUAAAUUCAGCAAUUUCCUUAAAAAACAUUAUAAAUUCCGUAGCUCCAUACCACAAGUGAACAACUUUGUUGUGUUUGAAGGAUUUUUUAAGGACCGUCCCCCUGAUCCUGAUAGGAGAAAGUCUGGUUACAGGCCACAGCUACACCAUUAUAAAAAACAUAGUCGUAGUGAUGUAUGGAAGGAAAGGGGUGCUGGAGGAGAUAUUCAGAGCUCAGAUGGCCGAGGGUCCUCUUUAUCAAAUAGUAGCAUUCCACUCACACAGCAUGAGAAAGAGAAGGAAGCUUUGAUGGAUGUAAGUAUACCCAAAGCUGGCUCCAAAGAAGCUCUAAACACAUUGGGACAAAUUGAUCCUCUUACAGGAACAAAACGCAGUAGCUCAUUAAAUGUUGAGUUGAAUAAUUUAAACCUUGGGCCACAGCGGGCUUUGGGGGCACAAAAUAGUAUGUAUAGCCGUCACCAGAUUUCUCCACUAGCUCGACAAGAUAGCGGAGGGCCUGCAGGUCAGGCUGGUGGCGUAGAUGCAGCUAACCAGAGUCCCAAGGGUAUGCAGCAAGGACUCUUGGGUGUCAGGCGGGGAAGUGGGGGUCCCGGGAGGCCAGGAGUUCAGACUACUUUUCCAGAAAAGCCAAAUAGACCAGCAGCCAUUGAUCCAGGAACUUCAGAUCCACCAAUGUUACGACGUGAUGGUCCCCCUACAAAUUACCUGGGCCUGCAGGCCUACCAGGACAGACGAGGCCAUCUUAGACUUGCCCCCUCUGCAACGAACACUGCACCCCCACCUGAGCUGGGACAGAACAAAAACCAGAAUAAUAGAGACGAAUCUCAAGGAGACUCCCGGUUGACAUCUGCUAAAGCUCCACUAACUUUACAAAGUUCUUGGAAUGUUCUAGGCCAACCACCCCGAUAUGUGUCACCCUCUAACAGAACUACAAGUGGUAAUAUACAGAACAGACUCUGGUGACGAAACUUUGUACUGUACAUUAGGUCAAAGGAUGGAAGAUGGAACACCAAAGUUCCUUUUUCCUCAAUUGAUGUUCAAAAAAGGAAUUUUUCCAUCUUAAUGUAAAAUGGAAGAUAUUGGUGUAGUUUUUACAGAUUACUUAUUUAUUCUGUAUUAUUAAAUGCAAAAAUCCAUUACAGUACUCAUGAAAGGCCAAAGAAAAAUUACAAUACUUGCCCCUCUAAGGCCCUACCAGAGUUGUAUAUUUGAAUAUUCACCGCUGUAAAAUGCACAAUGCGCUACAAUCCAUUAUGAUAUAUUUAAGCUUUUUUUUAAAUAUAUGUUUUUGGAACACUUAUUUGUAUUUGAACACAUAUCAAAAUCUAAGCUUUAAUGUAAGUUAUUGUGAGCAGUGAACAGUGCCUUUUAGUUUUCAUUGGUGCAUGGUGACUGUUAAUAUUAUUUGCUCAAUGUAGUAGUAUUUGGAAUAAUUUCUGUAUGAUGAUAUGCUUAGCAUAGGGUAACUAAUAGCUCUGAGCAGCAUGAGGUUGAUUUUCCCAUGUUCUGUCAAUGAGUUAACUUAUAAGAACAUAUGCUAUAUACAGUAAAACCUGCAUACAGUG